AUGAUGUUGAAGCCCUUCCAGAUCAGAGACCUUCACGUGUCUUCAUCCCCGGCCCACGGAGUCAACUCAGACCUUCCAGUCUCUCACGGAGUAGUACAGAUCUCAGCGGCCGACUACGACGAUAUCGCGUCAAGCCAUCCUCGAGCGAGGCUUGCUUACAUUGACUACGAGGAUGAUGAACAAAUCACAGUCGGGUCCUCUCUCGAGCUAUCUGAGCGCCUAGACGAGCCCGUCGACAUCAAUGAACGCCUUGAUUCCAUCCAUGUUUCUCGUGAAGAAGCCGAAACGAUGCAUCGUUUUGAUAUUCGCCGAUCAAAUUCUGUGCUCGAGUUGUGGAGGCGAUUUGAAAACACAUCCAACGAAGCGCCCAAGGACGCGGAAAUGACGAGGGAUACCUCCACUACUGCAGAGACUGCAAUCAACACCGUCCAACCCGUGAAUAAAUCAGCUUCGGAAGAUAUCACUUCCCCAGCGACCGCCCCCGAAGAAGAUCCCCAGCCUCUGAUGGCCGCAUUCGAAGCCGAACUUUCCAAUAUUCUCGAGUCCAGUGAGACUUUUGAUACACAAGCUCAAGGAACUAGAUCUGAGCCCGCCCGUGAACCAUCUGCUAACAUCAGCUCACAUGGGAUCCCUCCCGUUGUGGAACAGUUUAUGGCUCAGAUGCUGCAACAAAUCUGCGGUGGAGUCGGCGUCAUGCAGACUGAGUUGCGAACAAGAAUUCCUGAGCUGCGGCAUCAACUGAGUGAGGCUCAGAGGGAGCUUCCAGAGAACCUUGCUACUUCACUGCAGGCCCUUUUCACACACCUUGAGGCUCAGAUGAGAACCGCUUUUAAUAACCUGCCCGAAAAUGGAAGACAUAUGGCAGAAGAAGCAAUUCAAGCCGGCAAGCCUGUUGCUGAGACCGCCGUGGAAAGUCUGCGGUCUUUUGCUACUGAUCUGGAUCAGAGUACACGAACCUUGUUCGCGGCAUUUGAGAACGAGUUUGGCCGAGCCGGGUCCCAGAACACAAGCACUACGACUGGCAGCUCGAAUGCUGCACCUGGCGUCUUUUUCACUCCUCCUAACAGUGUGCCUGUCCCGCCUGUCCCCAGUCAGGAAAGCCAGAUCCAUCCGUCGGACACACCAACGCAACAGAAAGAUAUCACGGCCUCUGGUCAAACCUCGGUUAGAGACUCUGGAUCAUCCUAUGCCCCCAGACCUCAGCCUGCUUCCAAUCCACACAUCGAGCAAGAGACGCAACCUUGGAACCAUUCUUCUCAUCCCCCUCCUAACUGGCCUAGCGAUGGGAAGCCUUAUGCUCAGCAUUUCCAGCCAUCCCCUCAGCCACCGAGCUGGGCAUCUUUUAAUGCUAAUCAACCGUGGCACUUGCACGCUCACCCACCACGUCACUAUGCCCAUCAUCCUCCUCCGCCACGUCACUACACCCCGGUUGCAUUCCCUCCGUGGUCCUCUGGGCCGCCCCCUAUGCCGCCAUUCCUCCCGCACGGUAUGCAACAGCCUCUCAACUCUCUUCCUCACAACCAUACAUCGGCUCCUCCACCAUAUAAAGUACAGACCCAUUCCAAAAAUGGAGGCAAUCACACAGAGACACCUGAGAAUAAGAUCUUGUUCAUCGGAAACGUCGGCUUCAAUGUCACCGAAAAAAUGAUCCAGGAUGUCUUCGCUUCAAAAGGGUUCAUUGUUGAAGUGGAUCUUCCUCUGGAUUCCAUGUCGGGCAAACAUGCAGGCUUCGGCUACCUGCAGUUCCCUACGAUUCACCCGGCGAUGGCUGCAAUGAAUGCCCUGCAGGGCUUCCACAUUGAUGGUCACGCGAUCAACCUUGAGUUCAGUGAUCAGAUGCCCAUUGAACGAAUUCCUGCAUCGCAACCCUCGUCCAAGGCGGCGAAAUCAAGCUCGCUCGGCGCUCAAAUGGGCAGCUCUCAGAGCGAGAGCGUUCAUGUCAGCGAUACAUCAGUGCCCCAGGAGAAGGCCUUGAGAAAAGAGGAGGUCAUUCCUGAAGAGACUGUUGGUGAGAACAGCAAGUGCUCGGUUAAGCGCACGAAGUCUGUUACCUUCCAGGAGCCUGUCUUGUCUGUGCCAGAAAUCAGCUCUUCAAGUGCUAAUGCUCCUCGGGCUGCCCCUCCCGCAUUAAUUGAUUUGGCAGAUGACUCUGCCUCAAAUGCUCCUCCUGUCUGGGGGCGCAGUCAUUCCCCUCCUCUGAGCGCAGGGCACCCUACAGAAAGGGAAAUGAUAGAUCUAGGAAUGAAUCGUUUCCCGCCAGUUUCGCAGUUGGAUGCUCACCUGCGGGCAAAUCAGCGGCAAGAUCGUGCAUCUGUGCCUCCUCACGGUGUAUCCCCUGGAGACUAUGCCUCCUUCCGCAGAAAUUCGCGAUCACGCCUGGACACUGAUGCUCCUGUUGAUAGUGCCACUGCUUUGGGCGCCAACAUGCAGGACCGGCCAACUAAGCUACCUGGUGCCAAAGACUACAAUGAAAACUCUAGCAGUGGCGGUAAGCCUUUGCCGAAAGUCAAACGCUCGGAAACAGUGAAGCAGCCUUUUGAAUACGCUUCUCCAAACGAUUCCACUGCCGAAAUUCCUCUCAGACGCCGAGCAACUGAGCGUGACUCGCUCCGUCCUAGUGCCCGACAGAGGGCCGAAAUUGAUACUUGGGCGCGCUUGGACAGACGAGAGCGCCUGCGUUCCCGACCAUCGUCCACUCAGAGCAUCCCUGGCAGUUUCCCCAUUGAGGAAACCUCCCAGUCUGCAACCACAAACGCUAGUCCAAGCCAUUCCAAUGGUUUUCAGGAUCCAUAUGCCGAGAGUAUCGACAACUGCAUCUCUUCGCUUGUCGACAUGGGCUAUGGUACUCCCGCGGAAGGUGGACGAUCCCGAAUGGCUGUCUAUGCGGCUGCAUCAAACGGCAGCCUCCUGGAUGCUAUCGAGAUGAUUGAGGAGGAACGGAAGGCAUAUGCUAGACAGCAUCGACAGUAG